AUGCUACGGCUGUUUAACCUUCCCGAAAUCAAUCAGUACAUCAGUGGCUACAGCGGUGAAGAAAGCAACAUAAGCCAGACACUUUGGGGCCUUGACCACACAUAUCUCGGAAGGACUGCGAAAGAUCGCAAUAUUACCUCAGCGUAUAUUGUCUUGACCACUGAAAAGAGAUUUCAAAUCGGGACAUUCGGUCUUGCUGGAGGAGCUACUGGGCCUCCAGGCGCACUACGACUGAAUUCCAUUGACUUGCUUCGGAACACGACAGUCAUUCCUAGUCGAAGUUUCGGAUAUACCGCAGGGUCUGCGAACCAUCUAGCAUCAUCUUCGGCCGAUUUUGAAAUCGAUUCUACGGUCCCACAACUAUGGCUACCAGAAGAAGCCUGUGCACUCUUCGAGAAAGCUUUCGGCUUGAUCUGGGACGACUCGUUGAAGCUGUAUCUUGUUAACGAUACCAUGCGUGGACGGCUGUUGGCUGAAAACCCUGUGGUACAAUUCACACUCGUCUCGGGAGAGAUAUCAGUAAACUAUACGUUUCCGUAUUCGGCUUUCAAUCUUAGGCUCACUUUCCCGUUCGUCAAUAGUACCACGUACUACUUCCCGCUGAAGCGAGCUUCUGCUUCUGCACGCAAUAUGCUCGGUCGAACAUUUCUACAAGAGACAUAUGUCACUGUAGACUACGAACGCUUAAACUUCAGCUUGAAUCAAGCCUAUCCUGAUGGUGGCGCCGCACAAAUCAUACCUAUAUCUUCCCCAUCCGAGGAAACCCCAGCACCGGCUCCUCCUCCAUCUCCGCCAUCAAACAAGUCUAAAGGCCUUUCUACAGCCGCAUAUGCUGGUAUCGGUGUAGGCGCGGGUAUUCUAGCACUCUUGGCCUUGUGUUCAAUCAUAGCUUGGAAGAAGCGCUUAGGCCCCUUUCGACGCAAAACCGCACCGGAAAAGGAUCACUACACCAAAUCAGAAUUGCAUGGCGACCACAAGCCCUGGGUUGAAGCUAUGGAGAAAGAGAGGGCUGAAUUGGAUGCCGCUUCAGGCACACAGGAAGCUAUGGUCAUGGAGACAUCUGAACUCGAGACAGUGGAGAAUGCACGCGAAUUGAAGGGCUCAGGUGAAGUAGGCGUUGCGGAAGUUCAGGAUAGUAAUCUGGUACACGAGCUACCUGGUCACACUGAUGAUAUACGGGUAGCAGGUGAGGGGACUCGAACUUCUUUGUAG